AAGAUUAAGAAUCCACAUCAUGAUUGCAUCAGCCUGGUGCUCAUCUCAUCAUUCACAGCUCACUUGAGACUUGAUGUCUGUGUUCAGUCUCUCAAACUCAACAACCAUCCAAUCCUGAAUCCAUCACCAUUCAACAACACACAUACACAAUGCCUUCUCCAUCUCGUUAUGGCUUCGGGAUUUCCCAAAUUACCCUCAGACUGAUGAUGCUCUUGUUUUUAUUUUUCGCACGCGCGGCUUCGGGUCUGAACCUCACCGCCCUCCUCUCCACCGUGCCGGAGCUCUCCCAAUUCACCUCCCUCCUCGCCUCCGCCACGCCCCUCGCUGCGGAUCUCUCGGACCGCUCCUCCCUCUCCAUUCUCGCCGUCCCCAACGCCUACCUCGCCGCCGACGACCACCUCUCCCGCCACCACCUCUCCCCGGCCGCCCUCGCCGACGUCCUUCGCUACCACGUCCUCCUCCAGUUCCUCUCCUGGUCCGACCUCCGCGCCCUCCCCCCCUCCGGCAAGCUCAUCACCACGCUCCUCCAAACCACCGGCCGCGCCACCGACAACUUCGGCUCUGUGAACCUCACCCGCGACUCUCAAUCUGGCGUCAUCUCGAUCCGCUCCCCCGCACCGUACUCCCCCUCCAACGCCACCAUCCUCUCCCUCGUCAAAACCCUACCCUACAAUGUCACCAUCUUCGCCGUCAAUUCCCUCCUCAUCCCCUACGGCCUCGACCUCAUGGCUUCCGAAACUCGCCCCAUGGUCCUCAACAUCACCAGUGCCCUCGUCAACGGCCACAACUUCAACGUUGCCGCCUCCAUGCUCGCUGCUUCCGGCGUCGAACAGGAAUUUGAAGCGGACGAGGGUGGUGCCGGAAUCACGCUCUUUGUCCCCGUCGACGACGCAUUCGCGGAUCUCCCUCCCUCUGUUGCUCUUCAGUCUCUUCCCGCGGAUAAGAAAGCCGUUGUUCUCAAAUUCCACGUGCUCCAUUCGUAUUACCCUCUUGGUUCUCUUGAAUCAGUUGUUAACCCCUUUCAACCUACCCUUGCUACUGAGGCCAUGGGUGCUGGCAGCUUCACGCUCAACAUUUCCCGCGUGAACGGCUCUGUCGCCAUCAACACCGGCAUCGUUCAGGCCUCAAUUACGCAGACCGUGUUUGAUCAGAACCCUGUUGCCAUUUUCGGGGUUUCCAAGGUUCUCUUGCCUAGGGAAAUUUUUGGGAAAAAUCCGACUGUGUCCACCAAGCCUCUUGAUAAUGCUCCUCCACCGGAUGAUGAUGCUUUGUCACCGGAGAAUUCACCGGGAUUUGAUGGACAGCCCUCACACCUAUCUUCGCCACCGGGAUUUCGUGAAGAUGUGAGGUCUCAUGCUGGUGGUGCUGGUGGUUCCUUGAACUUUGUUGUUCUUCUUUGCUGUAUAGGAUUGUAUUUUGUGGUAUAGAAUUACUGAUUAUUAAUUUUUUUUGUGGGGUUUUGUUUUAAUUUUCUCCACCUUUUCUGUACACGGUUAAUUGCAUUAUUUGGUUGCAAAUGCAGCCUUUUUUUUUUUUUCCUAUUGCUUCUCAGUUAUCUUCUUUACGAUUUAUUAUAAUUUUUUUUAUGUUAA